GGGUGCCAAAGCUGUAACCAGCCGACUCACGAUGGACGCAUCGGUAUUCAUGGGCAUUGUUGCUGGCGAUUGACGACGUGGUAGUGGCCAAGUCCCUGAAUGAUAUUGAUACGAAGCCAUAGGGAAUUUCUUUCAAUCGCCCCAAACCAUACACACAACACAGUUUAAUUGACAAGAUGUCACGGCCAGAGGACACUCUGUCCGCCGAUAUACACUAUGAUGACACCGAAGCCCGCAAAUACACAACGUCCUCACGGAUACAGAAUAUCCAGGCCUCCAUGGCCGAGCGUGCCCUCGAGCUCCUCGACCUCAAAUCUCCUUCCCUCAUUCUAGACGUUGGCUGUGGUAGCGGGCUAUCCGGCGAGAUCUUAUCAGCAGUGCCGCCUGAAGAAGGUGGCCCGCACACAUGGAUUGGCAUGGAUAUAGCACCAUCCAUGUUAGACAUCGCCCUGCAGCGCGAUGUUGAGGGCGACCUGAUGCUGGCCGACAUUGGCCAGGGCGUGCCCUUCCGCGCGGGUACUUUUGACGCCGCCAUCAGCAUCAGCGCUAUCCAAUGGUUAUGCAAUGCCGAAAGCAGCGAUAUAUCACCAUUAGGUCGGUUGUCACGCUUUUUCGACGGCUUAUACGCAAGCUUGAAGCGAGGUGGGCGUGCUGUUUGCCAGUUCUACCCCAAGAACGACGAGCAGAAAAAGAUGAUCACAGGUGCCGCGGUCAAGGCUGGCUUUGGCGCAGGUCUACUCGAGGACGAUCCCGAGACGAAGAACAUCAAAUAUUACCUGGUAUUGACAGUCGGUGGGGGUUCGCUUGAAGAGAAAGGUGGUGAUAUCACAGGCGUAGUGAAGGGUAUGGACGGUGUCGACAUUCUCGACAGCAGGGUACAGAAGAAGAGCGGUAAGGGUGACAUGAAAAAGGGCAGCAAAGCCUGGAUCAUUCAUAAAAAGGAGCAGAUGGAACGGAAAGGCAAGGUCGUUAAAGCGACAUCAAAAUAUACUGGACGGAAGAGGCGCAUUGCAUUUUGAGGAGCAGGGAUAUUUUUAUAUACCUUUUGCAUUGGCGUGGCGUUUUACUUGAGGGGAUAUUUUUCUCGUUUCCUCUCUCUAUCGGUGUCGAUUUUAUAUUUGAACGAACGGAGAGAUUUCAUUGAUCAUGACUUGUCUAUCGUCUAGCUUGUUGGUGAGAUAACAUCAUUCUCACAUUCAGAGUAAUGUCCUGAAUGAGAUGAUUAGUUCAUGAGGGCUCUUUCUAGAGUCCAAGUAGUAUACCCAGACAGUGAGGCUCUCAGCCUAAAAUAUCGUUACAAGCAAUGGGUAAAGUAUAUCGUUGUGGUCGCUCUUUUCGUUGGGUGUACGGAUCUAUGUCAUUGAUUCCUUACCUACCAUCUCCCAUCGAUCUUAUUAUUCUACACUACAU